AGACUCUGCUCUCGCGAGUGUAUUGAUAGACAGGUUAUGACAGACUUCACAGGUUGAUGCAGGAGAAGAUGAACGAAGCAUGAGGGAACAUCUCCGAGCAAUAAAGGAGGAAACAGAGAUGCUUAGACCAAACGUAGAGCUUAAAGAAAGGAGGGCACUGAUGAAAAUCUACCAGAGAAAUUUUGUGUCUAACCACAGCACGGAGGAGAUUAUCUCUGAGUUUCCAUGUUUCAGACUGGCCAAAAUGCUCCUUUGGGAUAUGAGAGACCAUACCAUCGUUGAUGUGGACCAACAUAUUAUCUCUCAACUCUCAUUAAUGGCACCUAAAGUCCUUCAAGUUUCACAGAGUCCCCUGAUGGAGAAGUUCAGGUGUGUGGUUGAUGACUGUGAAGAUGACAGACUGACAAAAGGACUACAGUUGGAAGCAGCUGUUCUGCUCUUGCCUGCACUGUUUAAGGAGCUCCCGGGGUUGCUGUUUGAAGUUGAGGGUCAUGCUCAGACCUGCCCUCCUGACACACCAACACCUAAAAUGGUGCUCAAAGGCUGCAGGGAGGGUCAUCCCAUGCAAUACGAUCACAUCUCGAUGACACUGGGCCUUAUCCUUUGUAUAUAUUUUCUGUUUGGGAUCCAAUAUCCUAAAGGACUGAAAAAGACACUGACCUUCCUGGAGUGUGUUGUUUUAAAAAUGAAGGAUGCAGCACGGACUUCCUGUCACAAUUAAAAGAGUGUAAAAUUCAAUCUGUGCAUAGAGACACACACUCUCUCUCUCUCUCUCUCUCUCUUUUUCUCUUUCUGGGGCCUAUUCCAAUUUAUAUAUUUUUUCCUUCUAUUUUUUUCU